UUACAACCUGCCUCCCAACCGCCGCCCAUGCACGGAGCUCCGCCGAGUGCGUCGAGGCGCAGCGCCGCGGGGGUGUCGCCGCCACAGUCGGCCUGAGAAGCGCGCCGAGACGACCGGCAUCACCGAGGAGGAGGAGGAGGACAACAACGGGGACGACGAGGAGGAGGAGAAGGAGGAGGAGGUGGACUUGUGAGAAGAAGGAGUGGAGGGGAGGAGAGGGAGAAACAAACACCACGCGUGUUUUCUUUCUUUCUUUCUUGGGGGGGUGACGGUGGAAAGGCGAAGAAGGGAUCACCCAGCGGGGACGAGUGUAACCGGACAUGUUUACGGCAGCGCUCCGUCACGUCAUAUCGAUCUGUUGUGCGGCUGAUAAGGAUGGAUGACGUGUCGCAAGAAGAGAGGCUCCAGGUCAUCGCCGAGAAAAGGAAGAAGCAGACAGAGAUUGAGAACAAGAGGAGGCAGCUGGACGAUGACAGACGACAACUACAACAUCUCAAGUCCAAGGCGUUGCGGGAGCGCUGGUUGUUAGACGGCGCUCCGGCCGAGGAGGAGACUCAGAAGCGUCUCCAGGAGGAGGAGGUCAAGACCAAAAUCCUGGAGCAAGUCAUUCUCAGGCUGGAACAGGAGAUCGAAGAACUGGAGACAGGCGUGCCGGCCAACAAGGGCGUGGCCAAAGAAAACGGAGGAGAAAACGGCGUCGCGCACACCCCCAAGCGGGAGGUAGCCGGGAUGGAGGCCGAGCUGCUGGGCCCAAGCCCAGACCAGGCCAGCGCCGACAACCCCGUCACGCUGGUCUUCAUGGGCUACAAGACCGUGGAGGAGGAGCGGGACGGCCGCCCGGCCGCCGGGGCCGACGGCGACGUCAAGGCCGAGUUCGUGGUGAUCGAGGACGGCGAGGCCAAGCCGGCGGCGGGCGCCGAGGGCGCGGCCGCGGACGGGCAGGCGCCGCCCAACGGGAGCGUGGCGGAGAAGGAAAAGGCCGAAGGGCUGGAGGAGAAGGAGAAGAAAAAGAGCUGCAAGUGCUGCGUGGUCAUGUGAGCUGAGCGAGUGUGCGAGCGCGCUAACGUGCUAGCGCGCGGGCUUGUGCGCCAACGCAUCUGUCCGGUGGCAGAUGCGUACCUUAGCUUUGUGUUUCAGUGUACGUAUGCGUGUGCGUGUGUCAGGACCGUACAAUGCCAACUUCCCACCACCGAGAGCCAAAACAAGCUCCAGCUCCAACAAACAACAACAACAACCACAAAGACUCACAAGUACUCAGCCUUCCUUCCUCUCGUAUUUGACUUUAUGUUCCUAUUGAUAUUUUUCUAUUUUUCUGUCUGUUGUAAUUCAGUAUAUCUUUGUUAUUAUUAUGAUUACGGGACUGUGUACUUUACCGUUUGUUGUUAUUGUUGGAAAGGGAGGAAAUCCGUAGCUGUUUGCUCUCUGGAUUGUACCACUACCCCAUCAAGAAGGGGUGGAAACAAAAUCCGACAAAUCUAAAGAUUUAAAAAAAAAAAAAAAAAAGUCAUUCACAGUCCAAACAAGACACAGAUGCUUGGAAAUAUAUAUAUAUCUCUGUGUAAGCCUAGCUAACUAUUUAUCAGCCAAUUUCAUAUUGCAAUAUUGUCCAAGAUAUUAUUUUGAAUAGUAUUUUAAUAUAUUGAUAUGAAAUUAUGUUUUAUACAGUGUAUUUAUUUGUUUUUUUUGUUUUGUUUGCAGUACUGUGCGUGAUUCAUCAUGGCCGUCACCAUUAACUCGCAUGUAGACUUUGUGUCGUCUUCUUUGAUUAACCCGGGGCAGGAUUUACGCUUCGGGUCCGAGUUCCAAGUUCCCGGUUCGGAUUUAUGGCCGACGGUACCACGUAGACCACGUCAGGUGACACACAUCCGACACGGGUGCGUGUGCAGAUAAGCCAAGUUGUAACGAACCAGGCGUAAACAGGUAAUUACAUAAAUACAAAUGACAAAGGUGAGACGGUGUGCGUGUGGUUGGUCUGUGCCGACUUCCACGUGGCGCAAAUGUCGCCAUUAAUUUUCCUUUUGCCAUAUUUCAUUGUGCUCUCGCUGCAGUUUGGAUUUACAGCUUUUUUUUUAUGUUGUGUUAUGUUUCCCGGCCUUUUUUUUGGGGGGGGGGGGCACGUAUUUAACAUCAGAGAAAUCCCACGGCAUGCCGACAAACAAAAAUGUUCCCAAGAAAAGUUGAAAAUAACGAUGAGCCAAUCCCAAUUGACUCACGAGUUUAUGAAGUGUGAAAUUUUGGGGGUCUUUUUGUGGAUCAUGUGGUAAAGCGUUGGCCUCGCAGUUCUGAGGUCCCGGGUUCGGUCCCGGACCCGCCAGUGUGGCUUUUCUCCGGGUGGGCACUUCGGUUUCCUCUCACCUCCCAAAAACAUGCAACAUUAGUUGGAUGCUCUAAAUUGCCCCAAGGUGUGAUUGUGAGUGCGACUGUUGUCUGUCUUCAUGUGCCCUGCCAUUGGCUGGCGACCAGUUCAGGGUGUGCCUGUUGACAGCUGGGAUCGGCUCCAGCACUCCCCGCGACCCUUGUGAGGAUAAGCAGUGAAGAAAAUGGAUUAAUUGGACACUCUAAAUUGCCCCUUGGUGUGAUUGUGAGUGCGGCUGUUUGUCUGUAUGUGCCCUGCGGUUGGCUGGCAACCAGUUCAGGGUGUACCCGCCGCCUGCCCGUUGAGAGCUGGGAUAGGCUACAGCACUCCCCGCGGCCCUUUUUAGGAUAAGCGGCGAAGAAAAUGGAUGGAUGCAUGGAUGUAUUAAUUGGACAGUCUAAAUUGCCCCUCGGUGUGAUUGUGAGUGCGACUGUUUAUCUCAAUGUGCCCUGCGAUUGGCCGGCAACCAGUUCUGGGUGUGCCCCGCCUCCCGCCCGUUGACAGCUGGGAUGGGCUCCAGCACUCCUCGCGACCCUCGUGAGGAUAAGCGACAAAGAAAAUGGAUGGAUAGUUGAACCCAAAGCUUUUGUGUCAUGCGACUGGCAAAAGGUUGUGAAUGAUCACUUCUGCCAUCUGGUGGAAGAGCCUUGAAUAGUUUUGCCCAUCACUACAGGUACACUUUGCUGGCAUAGAUAGAUAAAAAAAAAUAUGUAAUUCGUAGUAAGUACAGUCCUCAUUUUUGGGGCAAUUAAGUGAGAUUUAUUUUCAUUUUUCAGCAUUCACAACUUCGAGUCGACGUCGACGAGGUAACUCGUUUUUUUUUUUUUUCCACCACGCCACGCACCACCGAGAACCCGAAACGACGACGCAUAAAUCCGGCCAAAUUGGCGCCACUCGCCGUUCGACCGCGAUAUAUUCCAUCGACGCUUUUGUCAGCAAUGUGUGUGAGAUAUAUGAAACUAUAUAAGUAUAUGUACACGAACGUCACCGCUUUUUUUUUUGUAUGAUUUCAACUGUUACGAACAAGUGAGUUGCACAGCUGCCGGGGUGGGCGAGGGGGGGAGGUCGUCGUUGCUCUCACCGCCGCCCCCGUCAGUCGACUCGUAGCACUGCAUGCAGCCUUGCAACUGUUUUGGACCGUCUUGUCACUGUUCCGUCUCUUUUUUGGUGUGCGCGCUAUCACCUUUUCACGUGAAUGUAAAAGCAAGCAAGCAAGGACGAGGAGGGGUUCUACUGGGUUUUGUUGGCCCGUAAAACAAAAAGAAAGAAGAAGAAGAAGAGGAGGAGUCGGGUUUUGUGCAGCUCACGCUCAAUGCUUUUUGUGUCUUUAUGAACCAAAUAAAAACAGUUGCAACUGUAAAA